AUGGGUGGCCAGCCCGCAACCUCAUCCUCUUCGAGCUCGAAUGGACCCACCAAACAGGUCACCUUGAAUAAAUUCUUCACCAAACCUGUCGGCCAUAAACCCGCUCUAGUACAGACGACUGUCAAUAGCCUCUUCAAUAAACAGAACAGGAAAAAGUCUCCGGAAGACAUCAGCGAGGAACGCGUCAAUCAAGAUCUCAAACGAGCACCACCUGUUGAUGUAGAGGAGGACGAGAAUGCAACCAGGAGUUCGAAACGCGUCAAAUCGAGUCAGAGCAAGAAAGAUGAUAGUGAACCAAAUAGUCAGCCAACUGAAGAGUCUAACGAGGAGCCAGUCCAAACAAAUAAAAAAAUCUCAAAAAAGCAAUCAAAGACGAAAGUUGAAGAGGAAGAAUCAAGCGAGCUCAAACUCUCUGAUGCACCUAUUAAGAAACAAGAAGACCCGGUGAUCCAACAAGAAGAAAAUUCUGAGGAUGAAGAGGACGCAGAAGAUGUAGCCAACUUAGCCUGUGGCGAUGAUUUAACUGAGCUGGAGGGUGGGGUGAGUUGGGAGAAGGGCAAGCCGGUUCCUUACGCAAGUCUAGCGCAUACAUUCAAUUUGAUCGAUGGCACGACGAAACGACUGGAGAUCACGAAAUAUUUAACCCAGUACUUGAUUCAAGUAAUCGAUCGGACACCCAACGAGCUGCUCAAAGUGAUCUACCUAUGUAUCAAUCGAUUGUGUCCUGAUUACGAAGGCAUCGAGCUAGGCAUUGGCGAGUCUCUCCUGAUCAAGGCUAUCGGAUCGUCAAUGGGUCGAACCAUCGCCCAGGUCAAGGCCGAUUUCAAGAAGGUCGGCGAUCUCGGUAGCGUCGCUCAAAACAGCCGAACCACACAAAAGACGAUGUUCAAACCUAAACUCUUAACGGUCAACAGUGUCUAUCAAGAUUUGAAGACAAUUGCUACUACUUCAGGCCAUUCAUCUCAAGCGAAGAAAGUGGGUAUCAUUACCAAGUUGCUCGCGUCCUGUCAAGGUGAAGAAGCCAAAUUUGUGAUCAGGUCACUGGAGGGUAAACUACGAAUCGGAUUAGCUGAAAGGACGGUCUUAGUGGCUCUUGCAAACGCCGCCGUCAGAACUGGUGUUGGUCAUAAGUCCAACUCGAAGCGUAAGAGCUCGUCGGAGGAGUUGGCAAAGGAGAUUGUGGAAGGGACCGAGAUCGUCAAAGCCGUCUUUUCCGAGAUUCCGUCGUACGAUCUCGUCAUCCCCGCGUUGCUCCAAGGAGGUAUUAGAGGACUCCGGGAGAACUGCAAAUUGACGCCCGGCGUCCCAUUGAAACCAAUGCUGGCCAAACCCACCAAGGCCAUUUCGGAGGUCCUGGACAGAUUCGAGGGGCAAAAGUUCACCUGUGAAUACAAAUAUGAUGGCGAAAGAGCGCAGAUACAUUUCCUAAGCGAUGGAUCGAUUAGUAUCUUUAGUAGGAAUUCUGAAAACAUGAGCGUGAAAUAUCCGGAUAUGGUGGAUCAAUUACCGCGAGCGAUCAAGAAGGAAGUAACGCGAAAUUUCGUGUUGGAUGCCGAAGCGGUCGCAUGGGAUCGGACGACGAAGAAGAUCCUGCCGUUCCAAGAACUGAGCAAACGGAAGCGGAAAGACGUCAAGGCAGAGGACAUCACGAUCCAAGUGCAUAUCUUUGCAUUCGAUCUGCUUUACCUCAACGACGAACCGCUGAUCAAUACGGAUUUCAAUCAUCGGAGAGGGUUGCUGAAGGAGCAUUUCAAUGAGAUCGAGGGGGAAUUCAGCUUUGCUACGUCCGUUGAUGUCGACAAUGUAGACGAGAUCCAGUCGUUCCUUGAUGAGAGUGUCAAGGCGGGAUGUGAAGGAUUGAUGGUGAAGAUGUUGGAUGGGACAAGUGCCCAUUAUGAGCCGAGCAGACGAAGUAUGAACUGGCUCAAAGUCAAGAAAGACUAUCUGGCAGGCAUAGGAGAUUCCCUGGACCUAGUAGUCGUUGGGGCGUACCAUGGGAAAGGGAAGCGAACGAACGUGUACGGGGCGUUCCUGCUAGCGUGUUACGAGCCGGAGUCGGAGACGUACCAGACGAUCUGCAAGCUGGGCACGGGCUUUUCGGAGGAGGACCUCGAGUCUCAUCACAAGAAACUCGAGCCACUGGAGCUGACCGUCCAGAAGAAGUACUUCGAUGUCGGCGAGGCCAAGCCGGAUGUCUGGUUCGAGCCGAAGAUCGUCUGGGAGGUCUUGGCCGCCGAUCUCAGUCUCAGUCCCGUGUACAGUGCCGCCAAAGGUCUAUGUGGUGAUGGGACUCGGGGCGUCUCGCUCCGGUUUCCGCGGUACAUCAAGGAGCGGGACGACAAGACGGCCGACGACGCGACGGUCUCCGAACAGGUCGCGGAGAUGUAUAAGAAGCAGGCCUCGGCGCAGGAUGGCACCCAUGGGGGAGGCCCUCGGAAGAAGGGCAAGAAAGGAAAAGAGGACGCAGAUGAUGAUUUCUGGUGA